CUUCAGAGAAUAUCUCACACCAACCACCAUGCCUAGGAAGAGUGAUGUGGCGGCGAAGAUUGAGGAUGUUGGAAUCGAGAUCGAUGGGGACGUGAGUGACAGUGAGGAUGACACCAGUCGAAGGAGAGGGAACAGAAGACCGGCAGCUGGCAGAGGAGGAGCCCGCGGCAGGGGCAAAAAGCCAGCUGAUGAGGAUGAUGAGGAAGAGGAGGCCCCCAGAAACCGCAGAGGAGCCAACAAGAAGAAGGCUGCUAAGUCACGUGACACCGACGACGAAAGUGAGGAUGACACCCCCAAGAGAAGACAAGGAAGAGCAGCAAAUAAAGGAGCAGCAAACAAAAAGAAAGGAGGAAAGGCCCAGGACAAGGACGAGGACAGCGAGGAGGAGAAGGGGAACAAGAGAAACAAGAAGGGAGCCACGGGAAAGAAGGGGAAAGAAGAGGAGACCAAAGAUAAGAAAGGAGACGCCAAAGGGAAGGGCAAAGGAAAGGAGAAGGAAGACGAGAAGGACAAGAAGAAGAAGAAGAAGAAAGAGAGCAGCUCAGACACAGACUCUAACACAGACUCAGAGGAAGAGUCCAUGUCAGAAGGAGAGAUGGAACGACUGAAGGAGGAGGUGGAGGAGAAGAAGAAGGUCAUAGCUAUUAUGAGGAACAAGCCCUGGCGAAUGAAGAGGAGGCUGGUACAUCUGAAAGAAUGUCAAGAAUUUGUGGAUAAAUUUGAAGGGGCUCUGGGAAAAGGAAAAGGCAGGAAGUUUUAUGCUUAUAAAGUCAUGAUGACGAAGAAAUGGAUCAAAUUCCAAAGAGAUUUUGAAAAUUUCAAAACGACUUGCAUACCAUGGGAACGAAAGAUAAAAGAGGUUGAAAGUCACUUUGGGUCCUCAGUUGCUUCCUACUUCAUCUUCCUGCGCUGGAUGUAUGGCAUGAACAUGGUCCUCUUUGGCUUAACCUUCGGACUGGUUGUGAUCCCAGAGGUUCUGAUGGGACUUCCGUAUGGAUCCAUUCCCAGAAAGACAGUGCCCAGAGCUGAGCAGCCCACUGCUCAAGACUACUCUGUCCUCAUGGACUUCAACGGGUAUUGCAAAUACUCAGUCCUCUUCUAUGGUUACUACAACAACCAGAGGACCAUUGGGCUGCUGAAGUUCCGCCUACCGCUGUCUUACCUCAUGGUAGGAGUGGGGACUUUUGGCUACAGCCUGAUGGUGGUGAUACGAACAAUGGCUAAGAAUGCUGACGUGGGGGGAGGGGACGGAGAUGACGGGGAGUUCACCUUUGCCUGGAAGAUGUUCACCAGCUGGGAUUACCUCAUCGGCAACGCCGAGACGGCUGACAACAAGUACGCCUCCAUCACCACCAGCUUCAAGGAGUCCAUCGUGGAUGAGCAGGAGAACCAAAAAGAUGAGAACAUCCACCUGAGGAGGUUCCUCCGUGUGCUGGCCAACUUCAUGAUCAUCUGCUGCUUGGGAGGAAGUGGCUACCUCAUCUUCUUUGUGGUGAAAAGGUCCCAGGAAUUUGCCAACAGGGACGACCUGAGCUGGUACGAGAAAAACGAGUUGGAGCUCAUCAUGUCCCUGUUGGGCCUGGUGUGUCCUCCCCUGUUUGAGACCAUCGCUGAGCUGGAGGAGUACCACCCCCGGAUCGCCCUCAAAUGGCAGCUGGGGCGCAUCUUUGCCCUUUUUUUGGGAAACCUCUACACUUUCCUGUUUGCCCUGUUUGAUGAGGUCAACAACAAGCUUGAGGAGGAGGUGUCCAUUAGGAAUGCGUCCAUCUGGGCCCAGAAGGAAUACUACGCUAACUUCACCCUCUACAACAAUGACACGGACACCACCCCGCCCCCCAUGGACCCUUCUGACGUCAUCAGGGGGCCAUGCUGGGAGACUGCCGUCGGCAUAGAGUUUGUGAAGCUGACCGUGUCAGACAUCCAGGUGACCUACUUGACCAUCCUGAUUGGUGACUUUGCGCGGGCUGUCAUUGUCAGGUUCCUCAACUACUGCUGGUGCUGGGACCUCGAAGCCACAUAUCCAUCGUAUGGAGAGUUUGACAUCAGUGGCAACGUUCUUGGUCUGGUCUUCAACCAAGGAAUGAUCUGGAUGGGUGCAUUCUAUGCUCCAGGGCUGGUAGGGAUAAACGUCCUGCGUCUCCUCUCCUCCAUGUACUACCAGUGCUGGGCCGUAAUGGCCACUAACGUGCCCCAUGAGAGGGUCUUCAAAGCCUCCAAAUCCAACAACUUCUACAUGGGCCUCCUCCUUCUCAUCCUCUUUCUCAGUCUACUGCCUGUGGUCUACACCAUCAUGACUUUGCCACCCUCCUUUGACUGUGGGCCAUUCAGUGGGAAGGCCAAGAUGUUUGAUGUCAUAAUGGAGACGAUAGACCUGGACCUGCCUGCCUUUCUGGGAACACUGAUGGGCUACGCAGCCAACCCUGGCCUCAUUAUACCAGCUGUGCUACUGAUGGUACUGGCUAUCUACUAUUUGAACUCGGUAUCUGAGGCGUACCAACAUGCCAAUGCGGAGCUGAAGAAGAAGAUGCAGAUGGCAAGAGAUGAGGAGAAGAACAGGAGGAACAACACUGAAAGCACAGACCAGGUCAUGAAGGACCUGGAGGACCUGCUCCCCAACCGCUCUCUCUUGCCCCCAGCUCCCCCACCAGAGACAGGUGCAGACAAUAAAGCAGACCAAGGUGGAAAGUCUACAAAGGUGAGGCCAGGAACUGCAGGCAAGGAUGUGAACCUGCAGAAAGACGUGUCCCUGUCAUCACCAAAUCCCAACGCUCGAGGCGCAGUGACCCGCCCACCGGGUCCCCGGGGGCCUGGACCUCUGCCUGGAAAUGGUCAGCAGGGGCCAGGAGGGGGACCAGGGCGAGGACGGGGGAGAGGACAGCCACCUCCAAGACGCUAGCACCCAGAUGAAAAAUAAAAGUCAAGAUUUUUUGUAAAUCUAACAAUUGUUUAACUAAAGAAUUUGCAAAUGUAUUGAAUUGUACAAGUGUUGGAUUUGAGCUACUAUUGCUUAAGAACAAAUUCACAUUUUGGAUUAGGUUGGGGACUGUACACUGAGUGUACAAAACAUGAAGGACACUUGCUCUUUCCAUGACAUAGACUGACCAGGUGAAUCCAGGUGAAAGCUGUGAUCCUUCAUUGAUGUCACUUGUUAAAUCCACUUCAAUCAGUGUAGAUGAAGGGGGGGAGACGGGUUGUAGAAGGAUUUUUAAGACUUGACAUGGAUUGUGUGUGUGUGCCAUUCAGAUAUUGAAUGGGUAAGACACAAGAUUUAAGUGCCUUUGAAUGGGGUAUGGUAGUAGGUGCCAGGCGCGCUGGUUUGACUCAAGAACGGGUUUUUUCACUCUCAACAGUUUCCUGUGUGUAUCAAGACUGGUCCACCACCCAAAGGACAUCCAGCCAACUUGACACAACUGUGGGUAGCAUUGGAGACAACAAGCAUUGAAGACAACGUGGGCCGGCAUCCAUGUGUGGGGGGGCAACUCCAUAUUAGGAAGGUGUUCUUAAUGUUUUGUACACUCAGUGUAUAA